UGGAGAGGUUUCCUGGUUAUUUCAAAAACUCCGAAAACCCAAAACACGCAUGCAACUUAUACAUGAAACCGAACUUUGAAAGCUCCCUCGUUGCUCCGCUCACACGCAACCUCGUCUUUCUCUCUUCCUCUGACAGGGGAGAGAGAGCUUUGCUUUUACUGUUCCGAACAAGUUUCCUCUCCUCCCUUCUCCCUGCAGAAGAAACGUAUUAUCUUAUAUGUUUAUAUAUUGAGUUCUUCUCUCAAUUUGUUUUCCUCACGCAUUCCCUUUUACAAAUAAAUCCUAUCUCGGAUACCCAGAAUUUCACAUCUUGAAAACGAUCAAUUCUCUUCGUCCCCAGGAUGGCUUUCUUGAGAUUCUUUGUUGUUUUCUCUCUACUUUCCCUCGCUUUUUCUUACGAAACUCACAAUUCCCAUCUUCUUCCGAGGCCUUUGAUCCUCGAAUACCAGGAGAACAUCGAGAAUCAGUUCAAGGAGUUCGAUGAGGAGCUCAAAUUACAGUGUACCAGUUGGAGAUUCGCGGUCGAGGCUAACAAUCUCAGCCCCUGGAAAAUAAUUCCCCAGGAAUGUGCGGACUAUGUGAAGGAUUACAUAAGGGGCCGGGCCUACACUAUCGAUAUCCAGAGGGUGUCGAAGGAGGCAGGAAUUUACGCGAAAAGUGUGGAAUUGAGUGGGGAUGGGAAGGAUGUUUGGGUUUUCGAUGUUGACGAGACCUUGCUUUCGAAUCUUCCGUAUUAUGCUGAACAUGGUUAUGGCUUGGAGGUUUUUGAUCUUGUGGAGUUUGAUAAGUGGGUUGAGAAGGCGAUGGCACCUGCUAUAGAACCCAGUUUGAAACUCUAUGAAGAGGUUUUGGGUUUGGGAUUCAAGGUUUUCUUGCUGACUGGGCGCAGUGAGAGGCAAAGGGAGAUUACUGUUGGGAAUUUGAAUAAUGCAGGAUUUCAGAAUUGGGACAAGCUCAUAUUGAGGGCCCCUGAGGACCAUGGAAAAUUAGCCACAAUAUUCAAGUCGGAGAAGAGGAACGAGAUGGUAAAAGAGGGAUAUAGGAUUCUCGGGAACUCUGGGGACCAGUGGAGCGAUUUAUUGGGCUCCUCAACAGCCAACCGCUCUUUCAAGCUUCCAAAUCCUAUGUAUUACAUUCCCUGAUUGGGAGUCAUUUCAAAUCCUUUACAUGUAACUGUAAUUUCAAAUCCUUUAUAUGUAACUGUACAUUUCAAAUCCUUCAUGUCUAACUGUAUAAAUUGGGGGAUCAAAUUAAGCAUUUAUCUCAUAAAUACAGAUUGAUUUUUGCA